UUGGAAUAUGUUAUAGACAACAUGCGCAGAUAAUGGACGUAAAAACCUACUGAGCACACCGGCUGUCAGUGUCAUCAUCCAAAAUGGCAGCCACCGUAGGACGACUGUUAAAGACCUCUGCAAGACUCGCAGCGGGAGGACUCUCCAGAACGGCCAACUGCACUGCCCUGCAAAGAGGCGGUUUCUCCACCAGCACAGCCAGAUUUGCUGCCUCGGUCACUCAUCCGGCACCGGCCUUUAAAGGCACCGCCGUCCACAAUGGAGAAUUCAAGGAGAUGAGCCUGGAUGACUUCAAGGGCAAAUACCUUGUCCUCUUCUUCUACCCACUGGAUUUCACCUUUGUAUGCCCGACUGAGAUCAUUGCAUUCAGUGACAAAGCGAACGAGUUCCACGAUGUCAACUGUGAAGUUGUGGGCGUGUCUGUGGACUCUCACUUCUCCCACCUGGCGUGGAUGAACACUCCACGCAAGGCUGGGGGUUUGGGUCACCUCCACAUCCCUCUUCUUGCUGAUCUGACCAAGCAGAUUUCCCGGGAUUACGGCGUCCUGCUGGAGGGUCCCGGUAUCGCACUAAGGGGCCUGUUCCUCAUCGACCCCCAGGGCGUGGUGAAGCACAUGAGCGUGAACGACCUGCCCGUGGGCCGCUCUGUGGAGGAGACCCUCCGUCUGGUCAAGGCCUUCCAGUUCGUGGAGACUCACGGAGAAGUCUGCCCAGCCAGCUGGACUCCAGAGUCCCCAACGGUGAGCUCCAUCAUGAAUAGAUUCCCAUCCAAGUCAAUCCUCUUCGUAUCAUGCUGGGUUACCAUAAGCAAUGCUGACAGGAUUAACAAUUCCUUGACACCGAUUUAGUUUUACUUUUCUUUUGAUUCAUGAUUUCUUUCAUGCUUGACUUCUUGAAAUUGACCCAAAACAUAUAUUGGUUACGUGAUAAUGCCCCAUGAUAUGUCUUAACUCAAAUCUCUCUACUUAAUCCAUGAGACGCCCAAACAAGUGAAACCGUUUCUCUUCCAUUGCAGAUCAAGCCAACCCCUGAAGGGUCAAAGGAGUACUUUGAGAAAGUCAACUAAAUAAAUGUGUCAAAAGCUUACUAAAUUGGCAUAUCCUCCACAU